UUUUAGAGCUUUUUUUUUUAUGUUAGCGCCUGGACCUUGUUCGGCGCUCUCUGCGCCGCAAAUUCUAGAACCGCCAGCGCCCUCGGCGUUGGCGCUAUGCAUGGUCUACGAACACUGGCCACGCAUAAUUAUCAGUUAAUCAAAUACCAGGGCAGGCACAGCCAUGCAGCAACAGCUGUGGGGCAGGAAAUAGGGAAAGGGUUCUCGCGUAAGCUUCUCGAAAGUCACGCAAUAGUUAGAUCUACGCCAUCGGCCUAGCAUUAAUUCUUGCUCGGGCUCGUAAUAAAUUGCCGACGCGACUCGCAUUUCAAUCUAGGUAGCCGCGGGAGAUAUGGUUGACUUGAUGUGAGUAGCUGCGUUUGCAAGUGCCAGCCUUUAAGCCUUUCGCGUCGUCUGCUAGUCUUCCUUGCGUACUUAGUGUGGUCGCUUUUAUAGUUUAUGUGACUGAGCAGUUGCGUGGAAUAGUAUCUAUAGGAUUUAUUUGAACAGCUGGCAUGCGAAUGGUGGCGCGCAAAGCUUCGCGUAAAAAUGAGACUUGCGUCAGCCUCGCUCUUCUUCCUGCCUACUUUGCCACUUCUGUCACGAAAAAAAACAGGAUUGCCUUGGACGUGACCACAACCUUUGGAGAAGUGGCGGAAUGGAGUAAGGCUUUUAUCAGGUGGACUUGUAAUAGUCUUCCAGAACGGCAGAUACUUGAGUUUCCUUUGAUGCCGUCGAAGCCUCUGGGGGGUCUAAAGUGUCCUGCCCCUCAUGUGAUGAAAUCUGAAUGCGGGCCUCAGACGCACUUUUAUGACAAUAGUCCGCGCUGCAUUUUUUUCCUUCAGAUUUAAGUAGUUAGAUUUUAUAUUUCCGUAAAAUUGAAAAACUUCGGUUUACAGCUGAAAAAAACACUUUUUUUGAGGUUAGUGAUUCCCAUAAGUCUUAUUGUCUUUAGCUACAGACAAUAAUUUUGGAAAUUGGAGCACGAAAAAACUUCCUUGAAGCUGAAAAAUAAUUUUCAUUUCCAACGUGAAACGCCGCGCGCGCGUCUCUGAAAAGCCUGGCUUAGCCGCAGAAAACACCACUGAAGAGCAUGGGGCCCAUGCCUCGUGACAUUUCCACGACGUGGGACGCAAGUGGGCCUUGGCGGCUUUCUGGUUUUUGAGGUGUUCAAAGCCUUGUCACGCCCAUCCCGUUGCGGCCCUACCUUUGCAACGACAGAAAACGAGCCGCACGCAGAUGCCUAGGCCAAGACAGAGCGCCUCGCCUGCCCCAGCGAGGGCGAACCAAAGAGGGGCUGCGCCCGUCUCUGUCUGCUACGCGUCAAACGUGGAAGCCUGCCAGGGAAGGCGCGCGGCCUCGCAGAGGUUCCUUCCACACAAGCAGCCCGACAUCUAUCGGCAGUGGGGCGGCGUCAAGGGGGCCAGUGCGUGGGGGACGCUCACGCACAUGCAGAAACUCAGAGCGCAGGCGCAUGUGGUGCGUGUGUGCUUCUAGUUUCAAGAAGUCUCGCCUGCGCUCUCUUGCAUGCUCCCAAGUCGGUAGGGGGCACGCGAUGCCGACACCCGCCGGCCCCGCGGCUCGCUUAGACGCGUUGCUUUCGAUUCUUUGCGCGCUCUCUGAGUUUGUAGGGGACACGCAAGGCUGAAACCUUUGGAAAGAAUGCCAAGGCUUUUUUAUUCGAAGCUAAUUCAGCAAAAAUUCAAAAAAGCGUGACUUUUAAUCGACUGCUUUUGAUAUAUUUUUCAUAAUUCAUAGCAAAGUAAAGCGGCUCCAACAUUUUGACGCGCGCCCCGACUAAGAUCCAAACUUUUUCAAAGCAUACACAUACAAAAAAGACGCAAAAAACACACAAAAAAUAUCCAAGAAAUACGCCGGCAAAAAUGCGCAAUAAAAAGACUGAAGGAAAAAGCUCGGAAGCAAUCCGAGUACUUGAGAAACUGGGGGUCUUGCGCGUCCCCUGCAGACUUGGGUUGAGCCUUGACAAGCUCACCAGAGCAGGCUGGGCUCGGCUUCGCUCUCAAGUCAGUCCGCACACCAGUGCCUCCUGCUCUUGUGCUUGCUCUCCGCCUCGGCCCGGCUCUGGUGUUUUGUGUCUGCGUUUGCAUCUCAAGAGGCAGAACGAAGCGCGCCAGCGUACUGCCCUGGCUGGUGACAUCCCAAGGCCAAGCGCCAGCAGUCGCGCCAGCCAAGCAUGACCGACGCGGCGUGCCUCUCCGUCGUUUUGUCGCUGGUCUUGGUUGGUGUCAUGCCCCGCGCUGUCUCAUACUCACCAGCCAAGCACCGUGGCCGCGUGCGUCGUGGCCUUUCGUCGGUGUCUUGCCUGAGGGGCCGCCUGGUGCUUGCUAGCGCGCUUCCCGGCCUGGUGCUUAGUCUGGGUUGCUUCUUGUUGGCCACCUCGUUUCCUUGUUUGUCUUUUUUGGCUGGAGACCGGUGGGCAGGGUGUGGCAUUUGUCUUUGCCCGGAUGGGUCAGGCAGGCCCCCCGCCCCCUCGGGGUGGGCCGGCUGGAUAUAAGGCGUGGAAGAGUCGCAAGGGCGUGGCUCUGGGUGAAGGUGUCCAGGCGGCUCCGUGUUGUUCUCUUGAAACCACGGGCAGGGGGGCGCAUCUCCGCGAUUGUGCGCCAUUCGAUGUCUGUGUCGCUUACUGCUCUCUUUCCCCAGGCGUCGCGCCUGUUAUGCUUUGCUGACUAUAUGCAAGUCUUAAGUAGUGACAUUGCAGCGCGGGCUUUGGCUGUAAAAACGGCAGAGAGAGAUGUCUGAUGAAGAAUGGGAAGAGACAGUAGAAUCCCGCU